AUGGAGAGCUACAACCUAGUCAGCAACUACAAUGACAUUACAAUUACCAAAGAGAUUUCCUUGACUCUAGCGGCAUUGUAUUUAGAGAUAAUGUUUUCCAUGACAGCCCAAAUGCUUCUAUACGCCGUUCCACCGCGAGUUCAGCUCUCCCCUACCGUAAGAAUAGACGUACGCUACUUUUCCCUAACAACAUUUAUAAGCAAUGGGUUUAUCGCAAAGCUAAUCUACGGAGUUUUGAUGACUGAAGGACUCCUACAAAGAAACCUUAUGCAGGUUAUUGCUUGUACUCUAACCCAGUUUGUUAUUAUGGGUAUUCGCCUCUGGAUAACCCUAACGCUAGAUACAGGAUCAGAUGUGCGUUAUGCUGUUUUGGCUUUUAAUAUUGCUGGCAUCGCAUCAGAUGCGCUUAUUAUGUUGUACAUAGUUGCCAAACAGCGAAAGGAGUUCAGUUGGUUCCACUAUAAGACCUUUGGAGCCAACAUUAAACAGAACAACAUGUUUUCAAUUCGCAAACUCCUAACCUUAUCUUUUAAAACCGGAUUCCAGCUGUUUAUGUCGAUCUGGAUUGUGUCAUUUUUGAUUAUGGAUAUUGGAACUUCUCUAAUCAUAGAAACCAUUCUCUAUGUGGCUAUGAUAACAAUCUAUCAAGUUGAUUGCUAUGAGAUUUUCUCGAUCAGGAUCAUUAAUAUUAUACUCAAUAUACUAUUGGCAGUUUAUCUACUAACCCAGAUCAUUUUCUUUCGGGAUAUUGUUCGCCCAGACCCAACAGACAUACAAGAUCCAGAAAUUUAUCCUUAUCUAAUCAUUACAAUCAUACUGCGAAUUGCAGUGCAUUUGGCAUACACCACUCUUCUUAUCACCGAUAUCUUUUCCUUCAACAAAGGCAUCCUUGUUUAUCUGGCCCGAAAACAAAAGAGGAGAAACGCCAUCAGCAGCGAUGAGGCCGAUGCUAAGGAAGAUUCUGAUUCUGGCCAAAUCCAAACGCACACUAGACCUCAACAAUCACUACUCUACGCACUAUUUACUAGGCAAAGUCAGACCCAAAAGGAAUAA